AUGACGAGCAAGAAGUUCGGAAUGGAGGACGUUGGGAUCUCGAAGAUCGGAGGGAGCAAAGCGCCGAAAUCAGUGAGCGAGAGCGAGUGGAAGGAGGUGUUGCCGGGGGAAGUGUUCCGAGUGGCAAGACAGUCCGGCACGGAGGCGCCCGGCAGCGGGGGAUUCGACAGUCAUUUCGAGAAAGGAAGAUACGUGUGUCUGUGCUGCGGUGCCGAACUCUUCAAGUAAAACCUUCUCCCUUUCAAACAUCUCAUUCUUACCUUUCCAGUUCGGAUUCAAAGUUCUGGGCGGGAUGCGGAUGGCCGGCGUUCUCGGACUCCGUCGGAAAUGACGCGAACAUCGUGCGAAUUCAAGAUCGUUCCCACGGAAUGCUCCGGACAGAAGUCAGAUGCAAACAAGUGAGAAAAAAGGGAAGGUUCUUCCAAUUGUCAUUCAGUUUUUCAGUGCGAUGCUCAUCUUGGACACGUGUUCAACGACGGACCGAAGGAAAAGACGGGCGAGAGAUACUGCAUCAACAGCGUGUGCAUGGCCUUCGAGAAAAAGGAUUAA